CUGCCACGCAGCCUGCUCUAUUCGGGCGUCCAAAGGCGCAUAAAGCCCCCUUCGGUCUGCCCAUCCUCUUGUAUAUGUAUUCUGCUGACCGCACCUGGCGCCUGGCUUCUUGGUUCUCUGACCAUCCAUAGUAGAAUACCCCUCAACGACCAUCUACCGUUCGACCCUAUCCUGUAACUUUGAGACCAAACGAGACCACGAGGAAUCCAGAAGAAGAGCAGUAGCUACAAUGGCAGAAGUCUUCGGUGUCGUAGUCAGCGCUUUCACGGUCGUCGAGAUCGCGGGAAAACUGGGCUCCAGCACGAUCAAGCUCAAGAAGCUUUGGGACGAAGUCCAGGAAGUACCUAGCGAGAUGAAUCAGCUUGUUGGAAUGGUUGACAUCCUCAACGCGACGCUGACUGAGCUGGAUAGAGCAUUCGACAAGGCUGGCGACCCGAAUUUUGGCACACUUGAUGUCAGUCUAAACUGGUGUCAACAAGCCGCGACCGAUUUGGACACUCUGGCGACAGACUUGCAGCAACAGAUUGCCACGGCCAAAAGGUUUAGAAGGAGGAUUACAAAGCUGAAAGUCACUUUUAAGAAGGACCUGAUUCGGAGUUGCGAGCAAAAGGUACAGACCGCUUUGCAGAUACUGAGCCUAUCACUGAGUACAAGAAUCUAUAUCGAUAUAAAUGCCAAGCCCCAGCCAUACUCAGUCCAAGCUAAUAUAGCGGGAUCGAAUCUUCCGCUGAUUGAGACUUCCCCCUGCCAACACGUUGGAUUCACACAGGGUCCAAUUAUUGGAAGCAAUGCUGCUAUCAAUGUUGCGAGAAAGUCUAGGAAAAGUUCAGUUCUGCAAACACGGGCUUCAAUUUUCGGUAGUUUUGUCAGCCAGAGCGUCCCACACCCUGAGUUUCCUGAAGUUCAAAUAUACCAGGCACAGUUGCAGCUGCCAUGUUGGAUAUCAGCAACGAUUUGGAACAUACAAGUUUACAAUGCGUAUGCUGGGUGGAAGCACUCUCUGCGAGCAUGGACAGUUCGACCUGAUGAUACUCCCAUCUUUAGAUAUAUUAAAGAAAAUGAAUGGGAAAACGCUCUCUGUGACAUCAAGGAGGGCCGGGCGUCUUUAUUUGACCGUGAUGAGGAUGGAAGAACAUUGCUACAUAUAGCAGUCGACUGGGAAAGAUUGAGCAUCGUUCACCAUCUACUCAGCAUGGGCUUAAACCUCAGCGAUCUACGUGACCACGUUAAGCUUCUUCAAUUUGAAGGCUUCAUCGAUGGCCCGAGUGACGUUUUGGAACUUUUCAAGAUAUGGAUCUACGUCGCCCUCGAUGACAGCCUGGAGGAAUAUUGUGCCCCAGGAGAAACGACCAUGAACCUAAGUGCCAUCUCUAGCUUUGUUUGGAACGCCCCUGAAGCUCUCCAAUAUAUGAAGAGAAGCCUAGUGGUCACGGCGACUCAGCUCCCAUUAACGGCACGCUUUGCUCAUUUGGACUGGUCCCAAAUCAAUCCACAGAUUCUGCUAGAAGACAUUCAACACGACAAAGACCUCCAGCCUGAAGACUUCUGUGCCACCAUAGAAAAGUCACAGAAUGGCUCUCUAGGGCGCUUCGCGAGAAACUACAGAUUUUACAUUGUGGACAAUGAAAACUAUUACUGGAGGGGACUUGCACGGUGGAUCUUCAAGGGAACGUCUCUGGAAAGGCUAAGCAUGCAAGAGUCUUCGUAUGCGGGGGAGGGUCAAUACACACCACUCUUUAUUGGCAUUUUUGAUAUGCCAUGGAACUAUGUCAACAUCGGCCGUUGUAUUCAUAAGCUUUUACGAAUGUGGCUGGAGGAUAUGCAGACCUCAAGCAUAGACCUUGAUGAAUAUGGGCGACGAGAGAUGGAGGUUUUCAAGCGCGAUGCAUUGCUGCAAGAGCGACGUUUAAGGAUCAGGUCUACUCGCGACGAUGGCUAUUAUGAGUCCUAUCCCGGAAUGCGACUGACAUCUUUCACGUACGGGCCCGAGCCUGAAGACUGGAAGCUUGUCUGGAGUCCAGAGGCCGAGGAAUACGCCGGGGAGUUCUGGGACCUGAUCGAAAAUCCACCUUUACGUAUUCCGGGAGGAUGGGUAGACGAUGACUUGUAAUACCACGGAUCGUUGUCAACUCGGGUCCUCAGUCUCUGGGUUCCUUGAAGUCAUUGUGUUUUGCAAAGCCCAGUGCCUUGGAAGUUGGAGGACGAAUCGAGAGAUAUGAGGAAAUUUCAAGUAACGUAGGUCUUGACUGUAUUCCCAAGUGCUCAUUUAGGACAUCAUGGUCUUCCUAGAAGCUGGCUGUGUCGCCAUUAGGCAGUUGAAGUAAGGCAAUCGUACCAGCCGCGAUCGUGCGCUGCUUCAGAUGUAUGUUUGAGUAUCGGUCAGGAGCUGGUCAUGUGUUUCCUGACUAUAUUAUGUGAAGUGCGC